AUGGAGUUCCAGACAAGAGAUCGACACACCUUUAACGCCCGCCGCCGCCGCCGCCGCCGCCGCCUCCGCCUCUCUCUCUUCAUGGUCAUGGGUGAUUUGUGUAGCAGAAGCCGCCGCCGCUUUCGCCGCCGGCACGUGCAGUCGGAAUUAAAGGAAGAAGACUACCUGAGUACUCUCCCGGACGAGCUUCUCAGCCACAUCCUCUCCUUCCUCCCCACCCUCGACUCCAUCCGCACCUCCGUUCUCUCCCGCAGAUGGCGUCACGUCUGGACUUCCGUCCCCGUCAUCAACUUCUCCUACUUCGAUCUACAACCCAUCAUCAAGAAGCACUUCUUCGUUUCCCGCGGCGGCGACUCUGUUUCUCGUCUUCACCUCACCGGACGCAGCAUUGAUCCCAAAAAUCUCGUCUUCAACACGGACGACAAAUCCUGCGUAGUCUGCGUUUCGUGUGAAAAACUCGUCUAUGACUUAGUCAAAUACGCCAAAUCCCACGGUGCCCGGCAGGUGACUCUCCUCAAUUUCUUCUACACGCAAUGCAGAUCUUCUUUUUUCAAAAUCGUGUUCGAUUGGCCAUCGCUCGUGUCACUGGAUCUACAAGUCGUCGGCUGCGUGGGUUUCAUAUUUAAGUUUUCCGAACGCAUCGCCUUCAGAUUGAGCAAUCUCAAGACCCUUUCCCUCACACUCGGCGAAAAUAUUAUUCCUAACGAGAGCUUGUCGAGGCUACUCUCGGGUUGUCCUGUUCUGGAAGAACUAAGAUUAAAAACAAAAUAUUUCCGGCCCGAACUCGUUCAAAUAGCGGCACCAAAUCUUCUCAGAUUGACUCUUUUCGACGAACUUGCAAAUCGAAGCACACCCUCUUUGACUUGUGUCCGAUUAUUCAGAAUUUGGCGCAUGGGAACAUUUGCCCAGACGUUAUGCGAUGUGACUACGCUGACUAUUACUGUGUCGGAUAAAUGUCUUUCAAGCUUGUCUCCUAGAUUCCUGGGAAAGUAUAGGGCCCUCGUACAAGGGUUUCCUGUCUUUCACAAACUGCACCAGUUGAAGAUCAAAAUGUAUGUGGCAGAGCAAUUCAGCCUGGACAUAGUGUUUGAUCUUCUUCGAUGCGCACCGAAUCUGCAGUCACUCGUUUUAACUGAGUCCAAAAAGCGACCGAGUGAUGAGCAUUCCGAUGAGUGGGAGAGUAGUUCAUCGUCGAGGACUAAUGAACCUUUGGAGCAUCUGGAAAGGGUUUCGAUGAAUAUCAAGAGUAAAAGAAUCCGAUGGAUGUUUCUAAAGAAAUUAUCGGAGACGGUUUCAACGUGGGAUCGAGUAGCAGUCACCUACUAA